AUGUCGAAUGUCCUACUUCUGAGAACUCCUAGUCAAGACAGCCCGGAUAGAUAUGAAGAUGCUUUCAGGUCUCGUGGAUACCAUCCAAUAUCAGUUCCGGUACUAGAGACCGUCAUAGUUGGCCGCGAGGAGCUAGCACGCAUAUUAAGCCUCGGCCCAGAGAAGCAGAGCCUUUCCGGAGUUAUAAUUACGAGCAAACGAGCUGUUGAGGCAUGGUCCGAGGCUGCUCAAGCAUUGACCAUUGCUGAUAACAACACACCUCCCGAGCCUGGAUCUGGCUGGUGGUCCGUGCCCUUCUAUGCAGUCGGGGAAGCUUCAUCAGACGCGCUUCGUGAUCUUUGUGAGAAGACUUCUCCCUAUUCACCCAAAGAUAUACGAGGCGGCUCAGAGACCGGGACUGCGGAACGCCUUGCGGAUUCAUACUUAAGGAUCUUCCUUCGGGUGGGAACAAGUAGAAGGCUUCUCUACCUCACUGGAGAUAAAAAUCGCGACACAUUACCGAGGAUUCUGGAGUCGGGUGGUGUUGCAUUAGACCCUCUUCAGGUCUAUGCUACACAAGGCUCAUCUACGUUCCCUCAAGACCUCAGAUUUGCACCACGUUUGAGAUCUCUAACAGGGGAGGGUUUAUCCUGGGGAUGGGUCGUCUACUUCGCCCCUUCAGUAGCUGAAUUCGUGACGCCAAUCUUACGGAACCAUUUCGUCAUACCUACGGUCAAUUCGAGCACGGAGGAUUGUGGUGAACUUUCAGAACACCCCAUAGUCAAAAUUGCUACGAUAGGUCCCACUACGGAAUCCUUUCUCCAACAGACUUUGAAGUUGUUAGUCGCAGUAACCGCGAGAAAUCCCAACGCGGAGGAUCUUGCUGAUGCGGUCCUUCAAUACGAUGAGGCACAAUGA